CUUUAAACCGUCCUUCUUAAGAACGGCUUCUAACCCCGGUCGUCUUGUCUCGGAGCUCCUUGGCUGUUGAACAUCCUGGUUUCCUCCCGCUGAAUCUCUCCCAGGAUGGCUGACAACCAGAUUCCGUUCUCGUGCUACCCUGGCCGGCCUCGGAAUAUCAGAGAUCCCUUCAGGGAAUCUAGUCUGUCCUCUCGGCUUCUGGACGAUGACUUUAACAUGCCAGCUUUCCCCGGGGAUCUGACCGCCAACUGGCCGGACUGGGCCCGCUCGCCCCUCACCUCAGGCUGGGCGAGCCCUCUGAGAUCAGGAAUGACCCGGAGCAGCGGUUUCUCCCCUCCGGGCUAUGGAUCACGUUUUGGGGCUCACCCCGAAGGGGGUCCCUUUAGAUCCAGCAGCCCCCAGACUUUUUCGGGCGAGCCCUGGAAAGUCUGCGUCAACGUGCAGAGUUUCAAACCCGAAGAGCUGUCGGUGAAGACCAAGGAAGGUUACGUGGAAGUGUCAGGUAAACAUGAAGAACAACAAGCAGAAGGAGGAAUCGUUUCCAAGAAUUUCACCAAGAAAAUCCAACUUCCCGUGGAGGUGGAUCCCACCACAGUCUUCGCUUCCUUGUCCCCUGAGGGUCUGCUGAUCAUUGAAGCUCCUCAGAUACCUCCUUACUGUCAGUACGGGGAUGGCAGCUAUGGCAACGAGAUUCCCCUGGAUACCCAAGAAGCCACCUGUGCCUGAAGAAGACCCUACCCUUCCCCCGAAAAGAAGUCCCUUCCAUCUUUUUGACUACCCCCUGCAGCUGCCUUCACUCAAAGCCUUCUUCCUUGUAGGUGUCCUGGUCAACCCUACUCUUGAAUGGACUUGUUGAGCUCCCGCAUUGGGCUUGGGGGCCGAGGGAGAGGAAGGGUAGCGUUGACCUGGUCUUUGAGACUUUCAAAUCAGUGGUGUAAAAUUAUAUUCAUCGGGGAUGCCCUCUCUCAAACAGGGGUGAUGUUGAGUCAGAAGGAUUCAGUUCAAGAAAGCUUCUUUGAUUUUAUCAUGUAGCAUAUUUUGGGGCGGGGGGAGGAGAAUCCUUUCCGGAAGAUUUUGAGGAAGUGUUGAAAGUUAAGAUUGGUUCUUUAGAUCUUUCAGGAUAAAGAUUAAGAGCCGGGGCAAAUCCAGAAGAAGGGAGGGAAACCUUGCAAUGUGACUUCAAGGGGAAGUAAACUUAGUGGCACUGUUGUGUCCAUUUCCCACAAUGCCUGGUGUUGGCAUUGCACUGGGGCAUUGUGGGAAGUGAGCAGGCUAGCUCCGCAACUUUCUAAGCCAGGACAUCUUCACUGCAUGAGGGAUGUACAAUAAUCUUUGGUCCUGCUGAGAAGGGACUCCAUUCACCAUCCAAGCUUUCAUUGAUUCCAUGUUCAGAAACGGUCAAAGUUCCCAGACCCAUCAUUCUGAUCUAGGCCUCUUUAUCGCUUGCUUCAUCAUCCUACCAAUAGAGAUCCUAGCCUUUGAAACGAGGAAGUCAUUUUGCCAAAACACGCCAAGAGAUCGUUUCAAGGUAUCUGGAGAUCUUGCGAAGGUCUCAUGAAAUGUUUGGUCUUCUCAAAUGGAGAGAUGGAGCAAUUAAGGCCAAGAUAGGUCAUCAGCCCCUGGUGGAGGACUCACCUCCAAGAUGAAACCUGAUUCAUAACACAAUUUUUGUCCAAGAACCAUUUGGGGGUGAUUCCUCUCCAACUUCUACACCAACCUUGGCCAUUUUAAGACUUGUGGACUUCAACUCCCAGAAGUCCACAAGUCUUAAAGUGGCCAAGGUUGGAUGGAAUGAGACAAUUCUUCAUGACCACAUGACCCUACCCAAGUUGGACGCCCCUGUUCUACACCAUGGGCUGCUGAAGUCUCACCUAAGUGCUUAAAGUUCUACUACUGAUAUUGCACUAAAAUAAUUUAUCUGAGUUGCUAUCCUCCAUCCAAGUUUACAGAUGUCCAGAGCACUGAUUUACGAUGCGUUGAAGAAUAUAUAUAUUUUUAAGUUGUUCUCAGCACACUUGGUUCUUUUCUCGCUGACUUGUCUUCAUCAUAAAAGAGUCUCUUUUAAUCUCAAGGGCUGAUCUGGCCUCUGAUCCCAAAAUUGCAAUUGUAACAGUGCUGCCAUCGCCUUGUCCUUCUUCCGUAACUGCUCCUAGCCAGAACACCCAUUUCUGUUCCCCGGUUUCAUGGAGGACUUAACUGAUAUAUUGUCAUUGUUUUUUUCCUGUAUACUGUAUCCGAUGUAGCAACCAACUGUCCUUAAUAAACGUUUGGGUAUAUGUGAGGUA